CUCUCGGCUGGACCUGCGUCAAGAAGCCACUACUGAAGGCUGUUUUGCCUGGAGAGGUCCGGGGGCACUGCCCGAGCUUGCCAUGGGCAGCAGCGGUGCCAGGCUUGUGCUGCUGACGCUGUCGCUGCUCCUGCAGCCCACGGCCCAGUUCUGGCUUUUCAACGUCCUCUUUCCGCCCACCACCACCCCAGAAGCUCCCCCCACCAACAGCACGCCACCCGUGGUACUCGUGCCUGGGUGCCUCGGGAACCAGCUGGAAGCCAAGCUGGACAAGCCAGAUGUGGUGAACUGGAUGUGCUACCGCAAAACAGAGGACUAUUUCACCAUCUGGCUCAACCUCAACACCUUCCUGCCAGUGGGAGUGGACUGCUGGAUCGAUAACACCAGGGUGGUGUACAACAGAACCUCUAGGAAGAUGACCAAUGCCCCAGGGGUGCACAUCCGCGUGCCUGGCUUCGGGAAGACCUACUCUGUGGAAUACCUGGAUCAGAGCAAGCUGGCAGGUUACCUGCACACCCUGGUGCAGAACCUGGUGAACAACGGCUACGUGAGGGACCAGACGGUGCGGGCAGCCCCCUACGACUGGAGGGUUGGGCCCCAGGAGCAGCCUGAGUACUUCCAGAAGCUGAAGGCCCUGAUUGAGGAGAUGCACAACGAGUACCAGCGCCGCGUCUUCCUCAUCGCACACAGCAUGGGCAACUUGAACGUCCUCUACUUCCUGCUGCAGCAGCCCCAGGCUUGGAAAGAUCACCACAUUGGAGGCUUCAUCUCCCUGGGUGCUCCCUGGGGAGGAGCCGUCAAGCCCCUGCGUGUUCUGGCAUCAGGGGACAACCAGGGCAUCCCACUCAUGUCCAACAUCAAGCUGCGUGAAGAGCAACGCAUGACCACUACCAGCCCCUGGAUGUUCCCAACAAGCCUGGCCUGGCCUGAGACCCAUGUCUUCAUCUCCACACCCUCCUACAACUACACUUACCAGGACUACCGGCGCUUCUUCACCGACGUCAACCUGGAGGACGGUUGGUUCAUGUGGGAGGACAUGAAGGACUUGCUGAAGGGCUUGCCCCCUCCUGGGGUGGACACAUAUUGCCUCUAUGGCACAGGCCACCCCACUGUGGAGACUUACAUCUAUGAUGACCGCUUCCCAUACGAGGACCCUGUGGACAUGAUCUAUGGCGACGGGGACAACACUGUCAGCAGGCGCAGCCUGGAGCUGUGCAAGCGCUGGCGUGGGCAGCAGGAGCAGAAGGUGCACGUCCAGGAGCUGCGAGGCGUCGAUCACCUUAACAUGGUCUUCAGCAACCUGACGCUCAGUUCCAUCAAUGACAUCCUGCUGGGGAGCUCUCAGGAGCUGGGGCAGCCAGUGCAGGUGAAACCCAGCCUGGAGGCAGGGAAAGGGGGGAAGAUGCCACCCGGGCUGAAGGUUCCUAAGGAGCCCAAGAAGAACUGAAAGACCUCCCAGCUUUCCCCUGUGCCCACAGCCACCACAAACUGCCAUGCAGGGGAGCAAAGGACUCAGAGCUGAAUUUGGAAGGAGAAGGAGCAAGACCAAGAGCUUGGGUGGAUGGGCUGGCACCCACCUCCACACUGCCUGGUUUCUCUUUCAGGAGCAACAAUCCAUUGUCCUUCAGAGGCUUGUCCCUUCCCACCAGCAGGUGGGUCCUCAACCCCGCUACCAGCUCAUUAACAGCACCAUUACCAAUCACGGCAUCCCCAUGAGCCCUCCUUAUUAGCAAAGCCACCUUCAGUUAACCUGAGAGGCUGUGGAGCCUGUGGUGCAUGGCACAACUCGCAGAGCCAGUGCAGGCUCCCACUUACCGGGAUG